CACUUCCUCAAACUUUAAAGCCAGACUCGGGGAUCCCAGGCACCGCGUGCGGCUCCUGCUCUCUCUCUCUCUCUCUCUCUCUCUGGCCUGAACCGGGCCUUCCUCUGAACGGCAGCGCCGGGGCGAGAGCAGCAAGGCCCGGAGCUGCACCGCGGAGGCUCCCGUAGCGGCUCGACGGUUCCCCCGGCAGGCAUGAGCGGAGGCAGGGGCGGCGGCGGGGCUGCGGUCCGCCGGCGGAGCAGAGGACGCGCCGCAGCGGCGGCCCUGACGCUGCUGACGGCGUUGCUCACCUGCUGCGUCAGGUGCGCGGAGGGCGUCAAACCGAGCAACAUCAUCCUCGUGCUGGUGGACGACCAGGACACUGUGCUGGGGGGGAUGACGCCUAUGAAGAAAACGAAAGCACUAAUAGGAGAAGCAGGAGCAACAUUUGUGAACGCUUUCACGGUCACGCCGCUGUGCUGCCCCAGCAGGAGCAGCAUCCUGUCGGGUCGGUACCCCCACAACCACGAGGUGCGGAACAACUCCCUGUCCGGGAACUGCUCCAGCGCUCAGUGGCAGAAAGGACCUGAAGCCGAGGCGUUCCCCGUCUACCUCAGCAAGCAGAAAUACCAGACGUUCUUCGGUGGGAAAUACCUGAACCAGUACGGCACCAAAGCCGCCGGAGACGUCGGCCAUGUCCCCCCUGGCUGGGACCAUUGGAACGCCUUGGUGGGGAACUCCCGGUACUACAACUACACUCUGUCUGUGAACGGCAAAGCGGAGCAGCAUGGAGACAGCUAUGAGAAGGACUACCUGACCGACCUCAUCCUGAACCGUUCGCUCAGCUUCCUGGACGACAGAAGCCCCCAGCAUCCCUUUUUCAUCAUGCUGGCGCCGCCGGCGCCUCACUCCCCCUGGACGGCGGCGCCGCAGUACCAGAAGGAGUUCAACAACGUGCAAGCCCCCCGAGACGGCAGCUUCGACAAACCGGGGAAGGACAAACACUGGCUGCUGCGUCAGCCUGUCAACCCCAUGCCGAACAGCUCCAUCACAUUCUUGGAUAAUGCCUACAGGAGGAGGUGGCAGGCGCUGCUGUCUGUGGACGACAUGGUGGAGAAGCUGGUGAAGAAACUGGACAGUAUAAAAGAGCUGAACAACACCUACAUCUUCUACACCUCAGAUAACGGCUACCACACAGGUCAGUUCUCUCUGCCCAUCGAUAAGAGGCAGCUGUAUGAGUUUGACAUCAGGACACCGCUGCUGGUCCGUGGCCCUGGCAUCAAACCAAACCAGAUGAUAAAGGCUCCGGUGCUGAACAUCGACCUCGCCCCCACCUUCCUGGACAUUUCUGGCGUCAACCUGUCCACCGUCAACGUGGACGGACAGUCGUUCCUCGCUCAGAUGGCCCCGUCGCUGCGGAACGGCACGGCGCGGCCCUUCUUCCUCAUUGAAUACACCGGAGAGGGAAAUCCAGCCAAGGACCCGACCUGCCCGAAGCUGGGCCCCGGAGUGUCUCAAUGUUUCCCGAACUGCGUGUGUGAGGACGCCUUCAACAACACGUAUGCCUGUGUGCGGACGCUCAACGGCAAGCAGGACCUGCAGUACUGCGAGUUCGCGGACAGCGAGUCUUUUGUAGAAAUGUACAACAUGACUUCAGACCCGCACCAGCUGGAGAACAUCGUGAAGAAGGUGGACCCGUCAAUCCUGCAGGACAUGAACCAGCGGCUCAUAAAGCUGCAGUCCUGCAUGGGGGACAGCUGCCGCAACAUCAAGUAGAGGGGAAGACGACGAGCGUCCUGAUGCUUCCGGACAGAAACAUAAGAAGCUGUCAGACGUAAGGAUUUGUUUCUGAUGGUGACGUCCAGCCAAAGCCUCGUCCGUUCUGCCGUAGCCGUCUUUCUGUUGGACUAAAUGAGACUUUAGGGUUUUUUUUGUUGUUGUUGUCUUUUUGGGUUUGUCGUCUCCCACUCCACGCAGCAAACCAGUUGAUACAUGUUUGUCAGCCAGCUGCAGCGUCACUCUCCAUAUUAAACUCGGUCACGGUGAACUGCAGAACUCGUCUGUUUUCAUGCAGAUCCUUUUAUAUCAUUUAUUCUCUGCAGCACUUUGAGGAAAAGAAAUGAAAACAGAGUUCGGAGUUGGACGCUCAGUCCCAUCUUGUGCCUUGAGAUGUGAAAAAAUGACAUUUUAUACUUAAGUUUGAUAUAAUUUUUUUUUUGUGUGUGUUUUGGAGGUGAAGGAUGUUCAGUGUUCUUGAAUGUCUUCUCUGAUUUCUGAAUAACCGGAAAGGGAUUUUUUUUUUUUAAUUACCUUUAAUCUUGUGUGCCUUUUUGUUUUUGCACAAAAUAUGUGUAAAUUGCCUUAAAUGUGAAUGGAUUUGCACUGUGAUGAUUGAUUAUUCAAAUAAAGUUAAUUUUACUAUGA